CGUGUCGGCUCUUCCUGCGCGAGUUGCACUAGCUGCUCAAUAGAAAAUGGCCGCCGGCUCGCGGAAUCCUGACGGGACGAAUGUGCGCCUCCAUCGGACCCAACACUCCUCCUCGCGUCUCUCUGUGCACUUGAACGCGCUUUAGGGGGAUCUGUCUGGCGUUCGUUACUGGCUCUUUUUCUUAUCUUUUUCUUUUUUUUUGCGGGAAGGAUGUGCGUGUUUUGAGGCCCCGGUUCUUGCAGUCGCUGGCUGGACUGGCAUUGUUUUGUGCGGCCGUGUCUGAGCGUUGCUGCUCGAAGUUUGGAGUUCGCAGGGCCGCUGCACUUCGCCCUCUCCUGCAUUUACAUUACGGGUACCUCUCGCUCUCCGCCUUGCAAAGAUUCCCAGUGUCAUACGGCCAAAGUGCAGCCUUGGGUGGGAAAGAGAGAAGUUAUAAGAAGUGCAGAAAGAGAACCGUUUGAUGGAAGAAAAGAAAAAGAAAAAGCAAGAAGAAAAGAAAAAGAAGGAAGCUGCUCAUAAAAAGGCUGCAGACCAGAAAGCCAAAGCUCCUGAUUCUGCCAAACUAAACCCCAGCAAUCUCCACCCUGCCAAUACUAGUGCAAGUUCUUCUGUUUCCAGCAUUAACAACAGCGGCAAUGGCAAACGUCCUCCUGCCACUGUCCAACAGCAGCAGCUGGCUUCUCCACGCUUCCCUCCCCGAGAGGUUCCCCCACGUUUUCGCCAGCACGAACAUAAGCAGCUAUUGAAGAGAGGGCAACCACUGCCAACUGGGACCCUGUCUGUGGUCACGGGCCCAACAGGGGACAUCUCUGCUUCUUCCUCCACCAACAGCAUAUUGCAUCCAAGUCCCAAUAAACAGCACUCAGUGCUGCAACAGCCGUGUGUCCACGGAGUGCAGUAUGAGAAUUCCUGUUGGGGACAGCAGACCACCAGCCAGAGUGAAACCAAUAGCAGCAGCUGGGAUCAAGUGAUAAUUGACCAGAGUGACACGGAGGCAUGGCCGUCCAUUUCCGGCAGUGACAGUCACGUUCUCCAAGAAUGCAUCGCUGAUACUGACUGUGCCACAGACAUAAGCAACAGUAUGAACAUGGCAUCGGGGGGUGGGCAGCAAGGUCACUUUUUGGCCCACCACCCCAAUACUAAAUCCAACGGCAACCACUCCACUAGUAUGGCUUCAAGUCAGGGUGGUUCUAGCCGGGGCUGGGCCUCUGGACCUACCCACUGCCCCUCUGUACAUGGCAGUGAGGACAAAACGGAGAACAUCUCAGUAGCAGGAAGAGGACAGCCUUGUUGGAGCUCCAAUUUUAAUUUAAAUUUAAACCCUAAUGCCAAUCCAGCUGCCUGGCCUGUAUUGGGGCAUGAAGGGAGUGGCAUGGGCUCUAGUAAUAGCACUGUUCCUCCUCCUACAGUCUGUAGCCCAGUGCAUACCCCUCAAGCCCAAGUAGUUGGUAGUAUGAAUAGCCCCAAUGGAAACUCUGGUGGGAGCAGUGGCAGCAAUGCAUGGGGUAGCUUGCUUCAGUCAGAUACUACAGAGCAAAGGUCAUCCCAGUCCACAAAUGUGUCUUUUAGCAUUGAACCUCAGAACCUUAACACUGAUGGACCAAAUAACACUAAGCAGCAGCCACUUAGCCCUAUCCAUGGCCUGCCUAGCUGGGGAUCUGUCUCUGUGACCAUGGGAUCCCUUGUUCAGCAAUCAUCUGGGACCCAGCAAGUCAACGGGGAAGGCAAUUCAGUCUGGGGAAAUGGAGAUAAUGGAUCUUCCAGUCCCAAGGAUUCAGCUUGGGAUUCAGGGCCUCCUGCCAGUUCUGGUCUUUUGACUGCUUGGGGAAGGGCAGCAGGUGGAGGAGGAAAUGGAACUAAUGCCUGGGGUCGGACAGUUAGCUCUGGUAAUGGGGACUGGGAUAAGCAUUCUUCUGAAAGCAAAGGUUGGAAUUCUUUACCUGCCCUCCCACAGGAGCAGUCUAGUUCUUGGAUGCACACACCUAAUGCUCCUGCGAGUGAAGGUAGUAGUGACAGCCUUGAAGGCAGAUCCCAGUGUAGGGAAAGGUCUGCUGAGAAGGAUGAUGUAUCAGUUUUGCCUAGGCAAGACCUUGACCCUAGGGUACUGUGCAAUACUGGGUGGGGACAGACCCCAGUCCGGCAGCACACUGUUUGGGAGAUUGAAGAACUACCACAAUCUGAUCGCAAAAAUGAUAAUGGGACCGAGGCCUGGGGGACGUCAUCAUCCUUGUCUACUUCUCCACCACAGGCUAGUGCACCUAACACUAAUCCAUGUGCUGCUCAAUUGUCAAACUCAGGUGGUAAAGGUGAAGGGUCCAGUUCCAAUACCUCAGUAAUUUCAGGCUGGGGAAGCUCUGCUCCAGCAAUGGCCACAUCAGCUUCCAGCCAGCCUGUUUCAAGCUGGGGGGAAACGGUUAACAAGAAAGCCCCCAAUGGACCUGGAGGCUGGGGUGAUCCUUCAUCAGGCAGCUCUAAUGGCCCUGCUCCUAAAGGUGGAAUGUCUUGGAGCCCUGAGGAGAAAACUCCUAACUGGGAUGACCAUCCUUCCAAACCCAAACCUCAAACUUGGGGAGAGGGUCAGAAAGCCAACCAAGCCUGGACUUCAAGUGUUAGCAGUGGCAAUGGUGGGGAAUGGGGGGAACCAGGGGAGAGUAAGAAGAAUGGGCCAGGAACUCCUUCAUGGGAAUCAGAAAAUGGCUGGAAGGAGCAUUCUCGUGGCUCUGGUUGGGGAAAACAACUGCAGGGAGUGGGGGCAGGCUGGGCUGAGGCUCAGAGGCCUAGUCAGUCAGUACAGAACUGGAGCAGUAAGCCACAGGACAGUGGAAAUGUAACUAAUAACAAUGUGGGAUCCUGGGGUGGCGCUGGCUCAGUGAAACAAAGUGGAACAGGAUGGGGAGGAGAGAUAACAGGAGGGGCAAGUGGGGGAAGUAAGUUAGAACCAGGAGCAGAGCCAACUGGAUGGGAGGAACCAUCCCCACCAUCAGUUCGUCGAAAAAUGGAAAUUGAUGAUGGUACCUCAGCUUGGGGUGACCCAAGCACCUACAAAAAGACUGUCAAUAUGUGGGACAGAAAUACACCUGUGAUUCAGAGCACCCCCGCACCUUGCAGCAGCAAUAACAAGAGUACUGCUGUCACUAACAGCCACACUCAAAGCCACAGCCUGCACCAUGGCAACACCACAGUUGAUCAAGUGUCUCUCCAUCCACCAAGUGCCCCUCAGAAUAGGCCAGGGUGGGGAGAUUUACCCAGCAUCCACUCAAAACCUGAGCCCUCAUGGGGGGAGCCUGCUUCUCCUGCACCUGCAGUGGAUAAUGGGACCUCAGCUUGGGGAAAACCUCCUGGUGGUUGUGGGGGCUGGGGUGACAACUCUCCUGAUCCUUCAGGGCCAUAUGGCAGAGUGAACAUCCCAUCAGGAUCAGCACCCUGUAAGCCAGCCUCCAAAUCUAUGCAAGAUGGGUGGGGAAGUGCUCCAGAAGAGCUUAGUGUCUCUGCUGGCCAGUGGGAUCAGGAGGAGGGUGACAUUUGGAACAGCACUGCCUCUCAGGAGAGCAACUCCUCCUGUAACUCUUGGGGAACUGGACCUAAAACAGGCCAACAAAAAUCUUUGAAAGCCUCCUGCAAACAGGAUGAUGCUUGGUUAGUGAGUCGCUUGAUCAAACAACUCACUGACAUGGGCUUCCCGAGAGAACCUGCUGAGGAAGCUUUAAAAAGCAACAACAUGAAUCUUGAUCAGGCAAUGAGCACUCUGUUGGAAAAGAAGACUGAAAUGGAUAAGCGGGGAAUGGAAAUUUCCGAGUACAAUGGCCUGGCCCCCAAAACUCUUGGCUGCCGUCCCACUGCAAUCUCCAAAGAGUCUUCCUCAGAACGUGCCCCUUUUAUAGAUAAGGAUGGCAGCCUAGGGGAAGACACCCCAAGCUCACCAUUUUUGCCUUCUCCAAAUCUGAAGCUCUCCCUCUCUAGCAGUGCCCUCCCCAGCCAGUCACUGGGUGGGGUCUCAUCGGGACUAGCUGUGCAAAACUUGAACUCAAAUAGACAGAUGCAGAGCGGUAUGUUCGGCAGUAGCAGCACACCCCAGACCCGGGCCAUGCCGCAACAGCAGACUCCAGCACCUCCAACUUCUGUGCCGCCUCUAAAUUCCUCGCAGCCUAGUCUUCGUGCACAAGUGCCUCAGUUUCUUUCCCCUCAGGUUCAAGCACAGCUCUUGCAGUUUGCAGCAAAAAACAUUGGUCUCAACCCUGCACUUUUAACUUCACCAAUGAACCCUCAGCACAUGACCCUCCUGAAUCAACUCUACCAACUACAGCUGACAUACCAGCGUUUACAAAUCCAGCAACAGAUGUUACAAGCUCAGCGAAAUGUUUCUGGUCCCAUGAGACAGCAAGAGCAGCAAGUUGCACGUACAAUCAAUAACAUGCAGCAGCAAAUCCAACAGCAUCAGCGCCAGCUAGCCCAGGCCCUCCUCCUGAAGCAGCAGCCUUCACAUCCCAGUCUGCAUAGUAGUGCAGGCAAAUCCACACUGGAAAGCUUUCAAGUCCAUCCUCAAGCUGCGGGUCUUUCAGACCUGCAGACCAAAGAGCAUCAAACAUCCACCAACUCUUAUCCCCCUUACCCUAUCUCUGGACUGAAUCCUACCAUGAAUGUAAAUAAUUUGGAUAUGGGAGGUGGAUUAUCUAUGAAGGACUCUCAAUCCCAGUCCCGCCUCCCACAGUGGACACAUCCCAACUCUGUUGACAACCUCCAAGGCACAUCAUCUGCACUGGAACAGAACCUCAGCAAGCAUGGUAUGCUGCCAAUUUGUGCCAUCCCUGUUGGUCCUAGUGUGGGUGCCUCAGGGAAGCCCCCCAUUGAUGACUCCUACAGUCCUUACAAUCUUAUUCCAAACAGUGAGUCUCCAGCGAGUCCACUAGUGGCCCCAGACAGCUGGACACAAGCUAAAUCUGCCAAUGAGAAAAUAUCUAAUGGCACAAAUGUCAACUGGCCUCCAGAGUUUUGUCCUGGAGUUCCUUGGAAAGGACUGCAAAAUAUUGACCCUGAAACUGACCCUAAUGUAACCCCAGGAAGUGUUCCCAGUGGUCCUACCAUCAAUACCAACAUCCAGGAUGUAAAUCGUUAUCUGUUAAGGGACAGGAAUGCAGGUAAACUUUCUGACAUGAAGUCUACCUGGUCUCCUGGUUCCAUUUCUCACUCACAGGCCUCUUUAUCCCAUGAGCUAUGGAAAGUGCCACAAGGCCCCCGUAACACUACUGCUCCAACACGGCCUCCACCUGGACUUACCAAUGCAAAGCCAACGUCCACUUGGGGGGGCAACUCUUUGGGACUGGCACCUGGAUGGAACAGCUCCUACUCCUCUACAACCACAUGGAGUACAGACAGUUCAGGAAGAGCAAGCAGCUGGUUGGUUCUGAGGAACCUAACGCCUCAGAUUGAUGGCUCAACUCUUAGAACUUUGUGUAUGCAACAUGGGCCGCUGAUUACAUUCCAUCUCAACCUGACUCAAGGCAAUGCGGUAGUGCGCUAUAGUUCCAAGGAGGAGGCAGCCAAGGCCCAAAAGUCUUUGCACAUGUGUGUGCUGGGUAACACUACCAUUCUUGCUGAAUUUGCUGGAGAGGAAGACGUGAACCGCUUCUUUGCACAAGGUCAAUCCCUGACCCCCACUACAAACUGGCAGGCCAAUGUGACCACCAAUCAGGCACGACUGGGGACAGCAGGGGCUUCACAUGGUAUAGCUCACUGGAACAGCGCGGCACUGGGAAGUAGCAAGGCCAGCAGUGAACUGCUCUGGGGAGGAGUCCCUCAGUACUCCAGCCUCUGGGGACCCCCCGGUGGGGAAGACACCAGAGUCAUUGGGAGUCCCACUCAAAUCAACACGCUUCUUCCAGGAGACCUGCUGAGCGGAGAGUCCAUGUAGAAGUAGUAAAAAUUAGUGAUAAUCACCGAUAUGAAGAGUCUCCCUGACUAACUUGCAGGCUGCUCACCUCUCAUGGAUUGGAAGUUGAAGGGGAGGAAAUAACAAGGAAGGAUACAGUGACCUUUUUUUGUAUGACUUUUAUGUGUGAAUCAUAUUUUCAGGAGAACUGAUGAAACAAGCUGCCAUUUGAAACGGAUGUAUGAGCCAAGUGGAUAGGCUCUGCCUCCUUCUCAGCAUUACCCAGUAGGAACAGUUCAACUACUACUUCAGCACUAAUAAUAGCCUUAACUGCUGUCCAGACCAGGGCCUCUUAUUUCUGUUCCACCAUAAUGACAUUUAUUGGUUAAAUUGCACAGUCACACUUUCUGAGCCAGCAUGUUGUUAAGUGAUGCCGUCUGCUCUACACAGGCAGAAAAAUCCGUGUGAUUUAGGUGUAGAGGAGUGUUAUUUUAGGGCAAUUAUAAUAAGCUAAAUGAGUAUCAUUCAAAAAAGUGAGGUGCUGUGUGCCUGUGAGUGCUGAUGGCCUCCAAUUCACACCUGCUGGCUAGAUGGUGGGCACUGGUGGUUGUUAUCCUGUGUUGGACUAGUCCCUACUGUUCUCUUCAUGAGCAAAAUAUUCCUUUGGAUCACUGUCUUUGGACGUUAAAAGUCAUAGCGAGCUCCCAGGAAGCAAUGCUGCAUCUCUACACUGUGUCCAGUUUUCCUUUACUGGGGAAGUGCAAGGUCAAGCAUACUGAUAAGGUUCCCUCUGUGAGGUUUGGUUUCCACAGCACAUGAAAUCAAAUGUUUAUCUUGGGAAUGUUUUGCUUCUCUGAGGGCAGAAGACUUUUUUCUUUUCUUUUUUUUUUUUUUUGUUUGCCCUUCUAACGCUGAGCUCUUGUAUUAUUGUAGUCAGGCCUAUUGGAUGAAUCCAGUCUAGGGCAGAUUAGGUGUGUGGAUUUGGAUCGUAAAAAUCACAAUUGUUGAAAGAUCCUUAGACAAGUAGAAAACAUCCAUUGCUGCUUUAGUUAAUGUUAGAUUUGGCAAUUGAAACACUUCCAGGAAAAAAGCAGUGACAGACUCUAUGCAAGGAGUGACUGCCCAUAGCUCUGUUUAGGUGAGUUGGAGGAUGAUGAACCAGUUUUGAUGAUGAGAAUGUAGAUUAGGAUAUCAAAUAAAGAGCCAGAUUUGCUGACUAUAAGAGCUCAACUUGGGAGGCUUAGUAGUAUGCUAGCUUCCUUUUCAGUUCAUCUGUCACCUUAAUUUUGUGUUACAGAGGACCUAUAAUGUGCAGCCAGGAAGCCAGCAGGAGAGGCGAUGAGGGCACAUGUAGUUGCACUGUAUGCUUGGAAUUUGUCUAGCAGUCCCCCUCUCUUGAAAGAGUUGUCUUUUGGGACUCCAUGAGUGGGAGUUCUUCACUCAUCUUGUCACUUUUCCCUGGUAAGCCAGUAUUGCGUCUGCAGUGAUGUUUUUUAUAGUAAACGCCAACUUUGCAGUAAUGGAGCCCAGACUUCGUAGUUGGCACCUAAUCAACUCAGUCUCAAACAGCAUCGGUGUCACUUUAUUGGGACCCACCCUGUAAGUCACACUAGCCUGCCCGGUGCACUUGCUCCUACCUGGAUUUGCACCAGGCUUGAGAGGCAUGUAAGGGAAGAAGGGCCUGGGUUCCGUGUGUUCUUAUCAUCUAGCUCUCUGAUCCCAGUCAUUUCCCUUAAAAGCAAACAUAUCAAAACAAAACAAAAUAGAAAUACUUGAAUUUGAAAGAAGCGCCAAUAAUGUAAUGUGAACACUUUUUGUAGUUAAUUUGUCGUGGUUAAACACUUCUGAGCUUCUGACAGACCGGUUCAGAAUUGGAGGGAAAAUUUAAAGGCAUAAAAUGAAAUCAGUUGUACAUGAACAUUGCACAAACGUGUGUGUGUAUGUGUGUGUGUGUGUGUGUGUAUAUAUGUGUGUGUAAACAAUGGAGAAGGCUGCCUGUUCAAAGAUCUACAGUGUUUGCGUGAGUGUGUGCGUGCAUUUGUGUGAGGUUGGCGUGCAGUAGGCACGCAGCUUGUUUUUAUUUUUUCUUAGUGUGUUUUUUCUCUUGCUCUUUAGAUGAUAUUGCUCUUAACUUUUGCUAUUUUUGGCUUCAAGCACUUGCGCUGAGUGUCUGGCGUCCACUCAGCUCAUCAUUCAGAUGAUGUGAGCCACCUGCACCUCCAAGGGGCACUUUGGUGGUUCCUGUGUUAAUGUUUACUCAAGGACUUUGAUGGAACAUUGAUGGUGUGUUAAUGAACCAGUAACAUUUUAUCUACCUUAUAGUGGCUUUUAUUGUGGAAAGAUCCAAACGUGGAUUAUUAAGAGUAUUGCACCAUUUUAUUUUCUGUUUCACUAAAAAAACAAAAAAAAAAAAAGCUAAAGAAUUUUGGCCACAACUUCCUGACAGGAAACGAAGGUUGAAAAUACAAGUCACUGCAGAAGGUGCCUAAUGUGUCUGCUAUCUUAAGGUUUUGUGUGUUUUUUUGUUUUUAUUUUUUUUUUUUUUCUUUUCCUUUUUUUGUUGUGGCUUUUUUUUUGGAGGGCCACCAAUAGUUUACAGACUUUUUUUAAUUUUUGAAUUUCAAGUUAAACAAAAAGGACAAAGACUCUUCCAUUAAAAAUGAAAUGACCUUGUUUUAAGAAUGAAGAUAAUGCUACUAUAAGAACUCUGGGAUUGAACAGUGUUGUGUGUGUUUUUUUUUUUAAUUAUUAUUUCUGGACUCAAGCCUGUACGUUUUUAAUGUUACGUCAUUUUUCUUUAUUUCAAAAAAAAAAAAAAAAAAAAAAAAAGCGAUUUAUCUUGCUCUCUAUCUUGCACACAAGCGGUGGAUUAUAUCUCAGGAAGGCCAGUGUUCCUGAGUGUCUAAUUCACACCAUUUUAAUAGACAUUUUUAUGAAAAAGAAGAAAAAUAAUAAAACCCAACUGCAAGCACUGAAGGUUAUGGAUUUUAAAGGAAGAAUAUACCUUUGUUUCUAAAUCCGUAGCAGUUACAUAUUUACCAAAAAAUGGACUUGAUAUGAACUUACACAAAUGAGGAGUGCUUUAUAAAUAUAUAUAUAAAUCUAUAUAUAUUAAAAUGCUUUACAUUUUAAACUAAAUGAUCAAUGCUUUUUUCCAUUGUUUUAAAAGACAGGAAACUAACAUACCCUUGUUGUAUGUUCUCAGCUGUUGUAUUUUCUUAAAGAGGUCCCUGCCUGCAUAGAUCAGGAAUAUUGUGCAUUUACUGUUUCUUUCUCUCUUUCUUUCUUUCUUGUUUGUUUCUUCAUGUGUUUUGGGGAGGGGGAUGCAAAGCUUGCAUUGUGGAUGAAUGAAAAAUCAAAGCCGUUUGUCCACGCAUCACAAGCUCAGCUGAACUAUGCAUUGUCCAUGUGCCGGCGGCUUUGCUUCUGAUGGCUCUCUUCUUUUUGUUUUUUCUUUUUUUUCUUUCUUCCUGUUCCUCUUCCUCCAUGUUGCUGUGCUGUCCUGCUUCUAGUCUACAAAAAAAGAGAGGCUCCUCUUCUCUUCUGCCUUUUCUUUCAAAAUUUUCAAUUGUCUGUACUAUGAAAUUUGAGAAAGAAAACAUGUUGAGAAAUUUUAAUGUUUUCUUGUCCCUUCUAUGAUGUGAUUGUUAAAGAAAUGCACCGAAAAUCGGUUCUCAUGAGCUGCCAAGCUUCUUUUAAAACUUCUAAUAAACUGCAGUUUGCUGUAGGGAA